UACGAACAGCCGAAGCUUGAUUGUCGUAGCUCCUUUCUGAUACAAUGGGUGGUUACAAGUAUCAGUCGGAGAUAUGGAGGAAGAAGCAAUCCGAUUUGAUGAGGUUCGUCCAGAGGGUGCGCUGUUGGGAAUAUCGCCAGCAUCCUUCAAUUGUCCGAGUCACAAGACCCACCCGCCCUGACAAGGCUCGUCGUUUGGGUUACAAGGCCAAGCAGGGUUAUGUUGUCUAUCGUAUCCGUGUAAGGCGUGGCGGUCGCAAGAGGCCUGUUGCCAAGGGCAUUGUAUAUGGGAAGCCCACAAACCAAGGUGUGACACAGCUUAAGUUUCAGCGCAGCAAGAGGUCUGUUGCUGAGGAGCGCGCUGGGCGGAGAUUGGGAGGCCUGAGGGUUCUCAAUUCAUACUGGAUCAAUGAGGAUUCGACCUACAAGUACUUUGAGGUGAUCCUGGUUGAUGUUGCUCAUAAUGCUAUCAGAAACGACCCAAGAAUCAACUGGCUCUGCAACCCUGUUCACAAGCACAGGGAGCUUCGCGGGCUCACUUCUGCUGGGAAGAAAUGCAGGGGAUUGGGAGGAAAGGGACACUUGUACCACAAGGCACGACCUUCUCGCAGGGCAACUUGGAAGAGAAACAACACCCUCUCCCUUCCUCGCUACCGUUGAUUUCAUCAUGCUAACUUGCCUAUAUUUUGAGGAAAUAAAUUUCUGGGUACUUUCAGGAAGACAAAAUGUUCGUUUGGAAGGCAAUAUCAAUAUCUUUUCUUUUUAUUAUUCAGAAUUUUGU